GCGCGCGGGUGUAGUCAGGAGGAAAUGGUAUGCAGCUCAGCCUGCUCUCUUCCUCCUCCUCCUCCGGGUCCCGUAGCGAUCCUCCUGUCUGUUGCUAUACGCACAGACAGCAGCCCGUUUUAAAGUGAAACACGGAGCUCUGAGGUACUCGUCCUGGACCUCUCUCCUCCCGGCAUGCCCCAGCGAGGCGGCUAAAAACGGUUACCGGCUGACGAUGGCUUCGGUGCGGGCGGUGUGCAAAGUUGCGACGGGACUCGUGGGAAGUGUUCAGACCCUACGCUGCGGUCUCAGACCCGCUCGCCCGGUUACAUUUCUACACCAGGUUCAGCACAGAAGGCCUUCACUUGGAAGUUAUCCAGCUCUUUUCUACGCUACAAAUGCUCCCUCUAGUGCAGCUGCAUCUUUGAAGUACAAACAUGGGCGUUUGGUUCUGGAAGUCCCCUUGCCAUCCAGGAAUGAGAAGUGUCUGUUUUUUUUAAGGCCCAUGUUGAUGAGCGUGGGCGACUUGAUCGGCGAGCUGCAGAAAGAGGACCCAGGAGCUACCGCCUCAGUUCUCUCUAAAGAUGGGGAGCGCAUUGCCAACAGCACGCUGAUCGAUGCCCUGCUGGACAAGGACUUUCAGCUUGUCAUCAACAAUGCAGUUUAUAAUAUCUGCGCUCCUGAAAGGGUGUGUGCAUCUGCUGAGCACGCUAUGGAGCUGGAGGACAUGAAACAUGUCGUGCACCUGCUGCACACGGCGCUCCACCAGCCCGAACACCAGCUGCUGAAGGAGAGGGAGCUCCUGGAGAAACUGGACAACCUCAAACAGGAGCUUUCUCCUCUGGAGAAGAUGAAGGCAGACCUGUCCGGUAAAGCAGACUUCCAGACAUCCAGGGCUCUGUAUGUUGGCCUGGCGCUGCUGUCCGUGCAGGGCGGCGCCCUGGCCUGGCUCACCUGGUGGGUCUAUUCGUGGGACGUCAUGGAGCCCGUCACGUAUUUCAUCACCUACUCGACCAGCAUGGCAGCUUUCGCCUACUAUAUCCUCACCAAACAGGAUUAUGUAUACCCAGACGCCCAGGACAGGCAGUUCCUGCGUUAUUUUUAUAAGGGGGCCAGGAAAAAGAGAUUCAACGUGGAAAAAUACAAUGAACUCAAAGACAAGCUGGCCCAGGUGGAGGAAGACCUGAGGCGUCUGAGAUAUCCAACCCAACUCCAGCUACCAAUUGAACAAAUCCAGCCAAAGCCAUAAAUGAAGCCAAGCCAUGAAUGAUGGUCCCUCAAACUUUAACAGAGGAAAAACAAAACUAAUUUUCCUGCUUUAUUUUGAUAAUAGCAUCUUUUUAUCUCAAAUCCAUGAAAUUGUUUUCUUUAAGUAUUAAUAAUGAUGCCAAUUAUAUAUCAAAAGAAAAAAAAAUAGAACAAAGAUUGACUGCUAAUGAAAUGAAAUGUUUCCCAAACCUCA